GGGAUCGGCCCGGGCGGCGGCGGCGGCGGCGGCGGCGCCAUGGACGAGGCCGUGGGCGACCUGAAGCAGGCGCUGCCGUGCGUGGCCGAGGCGCCGACCGUGCACGUGGAGGUGCACCAGCGCGGCGGCAGCACCGCGAAGAAGGAAGACAUAAAGCAGAGCGUCCGCAAGCUGCUCAACAGACAUAACAUCGUGUUUGGAGACUACACGUGGACCGAGUUCGACGAGCCUUUUCUGACCAGGAACGUGCAGUCCGUGGCCAUCGUUGACACGGAGUUGAAGGCGAAAGACCCACAGCCCAUCGAUCUGGGGGCCUGCACAGUCGCGCUGCACGUCUUCCAGCUGAACGAGGGCGGCCCCAGCAGUGAGACUCUGGAGGAGGAGACGGAGAACAUCACUGCGGCAAGCCACUGGGUCCUGCCUGCAGCUGAAUUCCACGGGCUUUGGGACAGCCUGGUAUAUGAUGUGGAAGUCAAAUCUCAUCUCCUGGAUUACGUGACGACGACUCUGCUGUUCUCAGACAAGAAUGUCGACAGCAACCUCAUCGCCUGGAACCGGGUGGUGCUGCUGCACGGUCCUCCGGGAACUGGGAAGACCUCCCUGUGUAAAGCCUUAGCCCAGAAGCUGACCAUUAGGCUCUCAAGCAGGUACCGGUACGGCCAGCUGAUUGAAAUAAACAGCCACAGUCUCUUUUCCAAGUGGUUCUCGGAAAGUGGCAAGCUGGUAACAAAGAUGUUCCAGAAGAUUCAGGACUUGAUUGACGACAAGGACGCCCUGGUGUUUGUGCUGAUUGACGAGGUGGAGAGCCUCACGGCCGCCCGCAAUGCCUGCAGGGCCGGUACCGAGCCUUCAGACGCCAUACGCGUGGUCAACGCCGUCCUGACCCAGAUCGACCGGAUCAAGAGGCACUGCAACGUGGUGAUUCUGACCACUUCCAACAUCACGGAGCGGAUCGACGUGGCCUUCGUGGACAGGGCUGACAUCAGGCAGUACAUCGGGCCGCCCUCUGCGGCAGCCAUCUUCAAAAUCUACCUCUCCUGCUUGGAGGAGCUGAUGAAGUGCCAGAUCAUUUACCCUCGCCAGCAGCUGCUGACCCUCCGGGAGCUGGAGAUGAUCGGCUUCAUCGAAAACAACGUGUCAAAGUUGAGCCUCCUUUUGAGUGAAAUUUCAAGGAAGAGUGAGGGUCUCAGCGGCCGCGUCCUAAGAAAACUCCCUUUUCUGGCUCACGCACUGUUUGUCCAGGCCCCCACUGUCACCAUCGAGGGCUUCCUGCAGGCCCUGUCCCUGGCGGUGGACAAGCAGUUUGAAGAGAGGAAGAAGCUCUCAUCUUGCAUUUGAGCUGAGCCCUCCGCCCGCGGCUUUCUGAGCACGACC